CUCAGAGGGGGACCCGGCGCACGACGAAUGGGGGUGUAAAGACGGGGAACCUGGCAGCAAUGGAGAAAGGACUGAUGGCGUAUGUGUGAGAAUGAGAGCAGGGCCAGAGGACGAAAGAAAGAGAAGGCAAGAUUGGAACUUUGAGCUUAUCCAUGGGAAAGAACAAUGGAGACACUUCCGGCCAGCUGCUAGUAGCCACAGCGGAGGAGGAGGAGGAGUCGCCGCUGGGUGGAUGGUGGCGGACGUGGUGACCGUAGCGAGCUGAGCUCCACCAGUCCAAUCAAAACAACAACCACCACCAGUAGCAGCAGCAGCAGCAGCACCACCUCGGGAAUGGAGUCACCGCGGAAGAGAGAGAAAGGGAGGGGCGCACUCCGGUGAAACAGCGAGGAGAAAAACAAGGGAAAGCAGCGUUCUUUUUCUCUUUGAAAUUGAGAGUUUGUAGCUGAGCCGAGCCCUCUCUCUCCUCUGUUCUCAGCGUCUGGGAACGCCAGUGGAGAGUCUUGCAUUAAAUUGGCAGCAAAAGAAUCGUUUAUUUUCUUUCUUCUUUCUUUUAUUUUCUCCUUUUUCCUUUGUUUUCUUCUCGCUUAUCCUCUUUCUCGCUGAACACUGUCCCCCUCCCUUCCUUUUAAAACCAACGCCAAAAUUGUUCGCUUUCCUUUUACAUCUGUCUUCCUUACCUUUUCCUACUUCUCCCUCUUCUUGUCAAAAACACAAAAAGUGGGAACUUGGUGGCAAUAGCUCCAAGGUCGUGUUUGUUGGAGAUUUGGUUGCUUAAUCGAACCAAAUGGACGCCUUCGAGGCGACUCAGGUGGUAUUCUCGCGGAUUCAGAGCUUGGAUCCGGAGAACGCCGCCAAGGUCAUGGGGCUCUUGUUGAUCCAGGACCACGGCGAGGAGUUGAUAAGGCUGGCCUUUGGCCCCGACGCGCUUCUCCAGUCGGUGGUCCUCAAGGCCCGGAAGGAGCUCGGCCUCCUCCCGCCGGCCACUUCCCCGUCCGCCGCCGCCAGCGCCACUCCUUACGCGUCCCUCCUCGGCCGGCAGGGUUUUUCUGCUCGGUUCUUCGGCGGCGGCGCUGGCCCCCUCGCCGAGAGCUCGUCCCCCUCGUGGGCUCCGCCCUCCGUCUUCUCCCGCACCAAUAGCAACGCUGGUGGCGCCGGCGAUGAGCUCCAGAGCUCGGAUGAGCUCGAGAACGCGAGCAAUCCGGCGCCGACGCAGUUCUAUGACGGUAGUGGCGAUGGAGCGGAUCUUAUAGACGAGUUCCAGCUACAGGAUCAACUAUCCUUUUUGAACGAUGGCGCAGCCACUGCCGCCCACGGCCUCCAGAUCGGUCCAAAGAGGGACCUUUUUUACCAGGAGCUGGACGGGAACUUCCGAAGCCCGAGCAGCCACGGGGAAAACGCGCUCUUUCCUUACUCCGGUGGCUGGGCCUCUGCUGCAGGGAACCACCGCCGGAGCUGCUCGGCCACUGACAACUACCUCGGCUCGGAAGCUGCCGGGUUGGGGUGGAAGCCCUGCCUCUACUUUGCGAGAGGGUAUUGCAAGAACGGGAACAGCUGCCGCUUUCUCCAUGGGCAACCAGACGACUCCAACGCUGCCAUGGCCGGCGGCGGCACGGUGGACGCCGCCCUUGAGCAGCAGUGCCAGGAAUUGCUGUUGAGGUCUAAGAGCCCGAGGCAGUUAGCGGCGUCCGCCUUCCCUUACUCCCCCACAGGGUCGGUGCCGGCGUCGCCUUCAGGCACGAAUAAAAGCAUGAACUUUCUCGUCCAGCAGCAGAGUGAGAGUCAAAGGGCGAUGGCAGCCGCGACGGCUGCAGCUCUUAUGCUGGGAGGCAAUGGGAGCCACAAGUUCAUGGGGCGACCUUGGAUGAUGGAAAAGAGCGAUUUUGCUACCGGCAUGGCAAAUCCUGGCUCAAGGCAGAUCUACCUCACAUUCCCAGCCGACAGCACCUUCAGGGAAGAAGACGUCUCCAAUUACUUCAGCAUCUACGGUCCGGUGCAAGACGUAAGGAUCCCUUACCAGCAGAAGAGAAUGUUUGGAUUCGUGACCUUCGUCUACCCAGAGACAGUAAAGCUAAUCUUGGCCAAAGGCAACCCCCAUUUUGUCUGUAAUGCUCGAGUUCUCGUCAAGCCUUACAAGGAGAAGGGCAAAGUCCCCGACAAGGAUUUAAUUAUGUGUAGACUUGUUCCUCCACAUUUGUCCAGAAAGCAGCAGCAACCGCAAGCUGAGAGGGGUGACUUCCCUGGGUGUACAACUCCUACUGGCUUGGACUCCCGAGAUCCCUUUGACUUCCCGCAACUUGGAUCUAGGAUGAUGUUCAACAACAGUAUCAACCAGGAGGCACUGCUGAAGAGGAAACUAGAGGAGCAGAAGCAAGUAGCAGAACUCCAACAAGCGAUCGAGCUACAAAACCGGCGAUUCAUGGGCCUGCAGGUCCUCGACCUCAAGAACCGAAACCAUUUCAAUUCCAUCGCUACCACGACCACCAACAAUAUUACCAGUCUUAUCAUUGCCACGACUCAAUCUAAUGGUGGAAGUAGCACUUCCCAGGAAGAACCAACAUGCCAAAAUAAGAACUCGAAUCCUGUUGCAGCAGCAGCUGCUGUUUCAGUGGCAGCAGAGCCACUGCAGAAGGCUGCUCAGCAGUCGGCAGUCAAAUCACAGAAGCCUGAUUCUGUUGAUAAAGGAGAAUCUUGUGACGGUGAGCCAACCUGCAAAGUUGCAGAUAUUGGCUUCCAACAAAGCUGCAGCAGCGUGGAGCAUAACCUGCCGGAUAGUCCCUUUGCAUCACCCACGAGAGCUUCUUCUUCUUCUUCUUCUUCUUCUUCUACCUUCAUGGGACCCGCUUUCUCAGCUGCACUGCCUGCCGAAGAAAACCUAGUCGAAGCUGCUUCGCUCUUCGGUACUGGCAACAACCGACUCAUCUCCUCCACCCUCUUCCCGUCCACCACCACGCUUGACAUGCCAUCCCUCAACGCCUGCUUCUUCCAUUUGCCCAGGCUUUCAUCUGACCAAGGAGCUGUAGGAAUGUGAAUAAUGGAGAAGACCAUGAACUUUUGGAAAGAGAAGGUAAAGUAUACUUGGUAACGGAGUUAUAGGUUGUUUCCCUAAUCCUUAGUAUGGAGUUAAAGAUCACUGUUAUCCGUUUUAGGUUUAGCCAUAGAUUACAUAUAGAGAGAGAGAGAAGUACGUACCUUCAUUCCCUUCACCCAAGAAAAAGGACCAUAAGCUAUAUCAUCAAAGUUGUAUUACCGUAGUAUCAUCGUACUUCUACUACGAGUUAUGGUUGUGAAGUUGCCCUUCACCUUCCCCACAAGCAGCGAGUACAGACACCAAACAGAAGAAGACAAAGGCCACACUUGACAUCAGGAAAGGACAGCAGCGGUAAGGACCGAGCUAUCAGAGAGGAGAACGUGAGAGAGAGAGAGAGAGAGAGAGAGUGGAAUCAUCAUCAUCACACCAUGACCCACUGUCCUUUCUCCUGUAUCCUUCUCCUUUCUCGCUAAGCUUUUCCUUGUCUAAUUCUUUUUCUUUCUCUCUUUCUUUCUUUCUUUCGAGUGUUACUGUAGAAUGUCACAAAGAAAAGCAAAGGAAACCGACAAAAAGUUGCUGCUCUUC